UACAGACACACACACAGAUCCGGGUGGGGGGAGCGGCAGCGCGAGACAGCGCGAGCCUCCGAGAAAGCGCGAGACACGCUGGCGCGUGCAGCUCCGCGGCGGCCGCUGCGCCCCGGCUCGAGCCCCGCGCCACCCGCAGCCCGCCCGCGAGCGCCCGUCCCGGUUAUUUAUGCGGCGGCCGCGUCUGCUGGCUGCGGCUUCCUCCGCCCGCCCCCCCCCGCCCUGGGCGCGCCCCCCACUCGCGGCAGCAGCUGCUGGGACUCGCUCGUGGGUGUGUUGUUUGGAGGCUUCUGCCUCGGCGCCGCGGGUGCCACCUCCCGGGACGUUGCCCAGGCGUCCCAGGUCGCGAUCAAACAAAUAAUAGAAGUCUGUUGAAGCUUUGUCCUGACCUAUUCUGGAAGUAGAAGAAUACCCUGGAGAAAGGAGCAUUGUAAGCACAAAGAAUAAGACUCCUCAAUCCUGGGAGAGAGAAUUAAAGUCUAACCCUCCAAAUAGUUGAAAACUUACAUCCACACAAAACUUGUGCACAAAUGGUUGUUGAAGCUUUAUUUAUGAUUGCCCAACCUUAGAAGCAACCAAGUUGUCCUUCAGAGGAUGAAUGUCCAUUGCUGUUCAACAGAUACAAAGUUUCAGUUAUGCAAGGGCUUUUCUAAUGUGAUGCUGGGAUUGAGUUUACCUAGGACUCCGUAUCAAGGUUGACUCAAAAGUCUUGUGGAAGAUCUGGGAGAAAUUCGUAUUAAGUCAUGAUGCAGGAAUCUGCGACAGAGACAAUAAGCAACAGUUCAAUGAAUCAAAAUGGAAUGAGCGCUCUAAGCAGCCAAUUAGAUGCUGGCAGCAGAGAUGGAAGAUCAAGUGGUGACACCAGCUCAGAUGUUAGCCCCGUAGAACUGCUGCACCUGCAACAACAGCAGGCUCUCCAAGCAGCAAGACAACUUCUCUUACAGCAGCAAACAAGUGGAUUGAAAUCUCCUAAGAGCAGUGAUAAACAGAGACCACUGCAGGAAUUGCUUCCAGAAACAAAAUUAUGUGUCUGUGGCCACUCUUCUGGUGAUGGGCAUCCUCACAACACAUUUGCAGUGCCCGUGUCGGUGGCCAUGAUGACUCCCCAGGUGAUCACCCCUCAGCAAAUGCAGCAGAUUCUUCAGCAACAAGUCCUGUCUCCUCAGCAGCUCCAAGCCCUUCUCCAGCAGCAGCAGGCAGUCAUGCUGCAGCAGUCAAAAUGGUUUAUUCAGCAACAACUACAAGAGUUUUACAAGAAACAGCAAGAGCAGUUACAUCUUCAGCUUUUGCAGCAGCAGCAACAGCAGCAGCAGCAGCAGCAGCAGCAGCAACAGCAGCAGCAGCAGCAACAGCAGCCGCAGCCCCAGCAGCCCCAGCAGCCGCCGCCGCCACCCCACCCCGGCAAGCAGGCGAAGGAGCAGCAGCAGCAGCAGCAGUUGGCAGCCCAGCAGCUUGUCUUCCAGCAGCAGCUCCUCCAGAUGCAGCAACUCCAGCAGCAGCAGCAUCUGCUCAGCCUUCAGCGUCAGGGACUCAUCUCCAUCCCACCUGGCCAGGCGGCACUUCCUGUCCAGUCGCUGCCUCAAGCUGGCCUAAGUCCUGCUGAGAUUCAGCAGUUAUGGAAAGAAGUGACUGGAGUUCACAGUAUGGAAGACAAUGGCAUUAAACAUGGAGGGCUAGACCUCACUACUAACAAUUCCUCCUCGACUACCUCCUCCACCACUUCCAAAGCAUCACCACCAAUAACGCAUCAUUCCAUAGUGAAUGGACAGUCUUCAGUCCUAAGUGCAAGGCGGGACAGCUCGUCACACGAGGAGACUGGGGCUUCUCACACUCUGUACGGCCAUGGAGUUUGCAAAUGGCCAGGCUGUGAAAGCAUUUGUGAAGAUUUUGGACAGUUUUUAAAGCACCUUAACAAUGAGCAUGCGUUGGACGACCGGAGCACGGCCCAGUGUCGAGUGCAAAUGCAGGUGGUCCAACAAUUAGAAAUACAGCUUUCUAAAGAACGCGAACGUCUUCAAGCAAUGAUGACCCACUUGCACAUGCGACCCUCAGAGCCCAAACCAUCUCCCAAACCUCUAAAUCUGGUGUCUAGUGUCACCAUGUCGAAGAACAUGUUGGAGACAUCCCCACAGAGCUUACCUCAAACCCCUACCACACCAACGGCCCCAGUCACCCCGAUUACCCAGGGACCCUCAGUAAUCACCCCAGCCAGUGUGCCCAAUGUGGGAGCCAUACGAAGGCGACAUUCAGACAAAUACAACAUUCCCAUGUCAUCAGAGAUUGCCCCAAACUACGAAUUUUAUAAAAAUGCAGAUGUCAGACCUCCAUUUACUUAUGCAACUCUCAUAAGGCAGGCUAUCAUGGAGUCAUCUGACAGGCAGUUAACACUUAAUGAAAUUUACAGCUGGUUUACACGGACAUUUGCUUACUUCAGGCGUAAUGCAGCAACUUGGAAGAAUGCAGUACGUCAUAAUCUCAGCCUGCACAAGUGUUUUGUUCGAGUAGAAAAUGUUAAAGGAGCCGUAUGGACUGUGGACGAAGUAGAGUACCAGAAGCGAAGGUCACAAAAGAUAACAGGAAGCCCAACCUUAGUAAAAAAUAUACCUACCAGUUUAGGCUAUGGAGCAGCUCUUAAUGCCAGUUUGCAGGCUGCCUUGGCAGAGAGCAGUUUACCUUUGCUUAGUAACCCGGGACUGAUCAAUAACGCCUCCAGUGGCCUGCUGCAGGCCGUCCACGAAGACCUCAAUGGCUCCCUGGACCACAUCGACAGCAACGGGAACAGUAGUCCGGGCUGCUCACCGCAGCCGCACAUACAUUCGAUCCAUGUCAAGGAAGAGCCAGUGAUUGCGGAGGAUGAAGACUGCCCAAUGUCCUUAGUGACAACAGCUAAUCACAGUCCAGAAUUAGAAGAUGACAGAGAGAUUGAAGAAGAGCCUUUAUCUGAAGAUCUGGAAUGAGAACUGACUUGUGAAACCUCAGCAUGAAGGGACAUAUCACUGACCUUCAUAACCACUCCACAACCAUGAAUAUUUGACAAAUUUUUACUGUGACUAUUUAUUAAGCAUGGAUAAAGGAGACAGCCCUAAAGGAACUUACUAAGCCAGCCCUUUGGGAUUCAGUACCAACAGGCAAAUUGCUUGUUUUCUUCCCUUCCUCUCUCUCUCUCUCUCUUUCUCCCUCUCAAUCUCUCUUUUUUUUUUUUUAGAAAAAAAGACAAAAACUGAUUUUUCUU